AUGGCAUCCGCCAGCGACAUACCUCGCCUUCUCCAAGACACACUUAGCCCCGAUGGAAACACGAGAAUAGCAGCAGAGCUCAAGCUCGCCGGGCUUAUGGCCCACCCAGAGGCGGGUCUUGCUUUCGCUGAGCUGUCGCUCUCGCAGAACACGGAUAUGAACAUGCGCCAGUCGGCAUCCAUCAUGCUUAGGAAGUACGUGACGGAGCGAUGGUCGCCGUACUUCCCUGCGUUCAAAGGCAAUGCACCUUCACCAGAGAUCAAAACGCGUGUUCGCGACCAAGUCUUCCAAGGCCUCUCGGACCCGAACCGCAAGAUACGAUCCUCAUCGGCUCACACACUCUCCACCAUCGCGUCCUGCGACUGGCCGGAUGAAUAUCCCGACCUCCUGACCGCGCUCAUUGGUCAGAUAUCCUCCGACAGCCCCAAUGCCGUCCACGGAUCGAUGGAAGUAUUCGCCGAGUUCAUAAAGUCUGACUUGACCGAGGAUCAGAUCCUCCCCGUUCUGCGUCAGCUCCUUCCCGUCCUCCUUAACAUCUUGGGUGAUACCGAAAAACAUUCCCCAUUAACCCGUGCGCGUACGAUCUCUGUAUUCCGACAAUGCAUCACAAGCUUGUACAUGGUCAAGGGCGAACACCGCGAUGCUGUGAAUGAAGCCACCGCAACUGUCCUUCCCGUAUGGCUCGACGCAUUUAAGGUUCUUUUGAACAUGGACCCCCUUCUGGAUGUGAAUUCCGCUAGCUGGGAUACCUUAUUGAUAAAGGUUGAGAUCUUCAAGACGCUCGAUAACAUCUGUACCUCCUUCCCCAAAGCCCUGACGGCUUACCUCCAAGAUUACCUGAAUGCCUCCCUCCUGAUUCUUCAAUCUUUAUAUCCGACCUACGAGCACUACUACAUCACUGCAUCCGCAACCCCUCCCACUUCCUCGGAGGAAGAAAACGUCGAGCUCUCUCACCUCCUUGUUUCGAUCUUCGAUUUCCUCUCCAAGGUUGUGAUGAGCAAUAAGGCGAAGGCCUGGCUGCAGAGCGGAAACGUGCAAACCCUUGUCGCGUCGAUAUUCCAGUACGCGCAGAUGACCGCGGAAGACGAAGAGACAUGGGCGAACAACGCGAACGCAUUUGUGUCGCAGGACGAGGAUGAUGUGCAGGCGUAUGGCAUGCGGUUCUCUGCGUUCUCGCUUCUCUACUCGUUGAUAGAGCGUGCCGCUGCGCCCGUAUGCGCAACGUUCCAAUCUACACUCCAUCAGGUUGUUCAGUCGUCUCAAACAGCUCAUGAGCAUGGUGUCUCGAGUUGGUGGAAGUCUCUGGAGGCCGCAUUUGCAGCCAUCGGCUCGCAGUCCGAGGACGUCAUCGAUACCAUCGAGGACGAAGAGAUGUCCGAGCGAACCAAACCUAUCGAUAUACAAGAGCUGCUUUCGAACGUCGUGCCUUCUUUGCUGAACCAGUCCGAUGUCCCGUUCUUACAGGGACGCGCGUUCGUUUUCGCAAGCCAGUUCGCAAAGCUGCUACCGAUGCAGAUGGCCGGGCAGUAUCUUGAAGCGGCCGUGCAAGUAAUCGAAUCCGACACUGCUGGUAUCCCUGUAAAAGUUUCUGCUGUGAAGGCCAUUCACAACUUCUGUCAAAACGCUGAUGAUGAGGCCUUGAAGCCCCUUGUUCCUCGCAUUGCUCAGGACUUGGGUCCCUUCCUCCUUGUUGCUACAGAAGAUACCUUGUCGUUGGUGCUGGAGACGAUGGCCGUCGUCCUUGAGGUGGAUCAGGCCAAGUGGCUGACAACUGACCUUGCGACGUCGCUCGUCCUCGCUACCCUCGAAGUGUGGGCCAAAAACAACAGAGAUCCCAUCUUCCUCUCGAUCUUCGCCGACAUUCUCACGGCGCUUGCGUCCUCGCAUUCGCCAGGCAUCUACGAGACGGUCGUCCAGCAGGCGCUGCCUUCACUCUGCACCUCGAUUGCGAGCGCGAAACCGGAGGAGUCGUGGGUCGCUGGCUCGGCGCUCGACUUGAUAUCGAGUCUCGAGCAUGGGGCGCCGGAGAACGGGCUCGGCGAGGGUUUCUUUGCGCUCUUGGCCCCUAACCUGUUCACUUGCCUUCAAAAUACGGAGGACCGGGAUGUUCUCCAGAACGGCACCGUCUGCCUCACCCUCGUUAUCCGCAAAGACUGCAACCAGCUGUUGUCGUGGAAGGAUACUUCCAGCGGUCAAUCGGGGCUCGACCACGUCUUCAAGCUCGUCGCGAAGCUGCUGCAGAGCGAGGACGAGUCGGGCGGGCUUGUCAUCGGCGAUAUGCUUAUCCACCUCCUCCGGCGCGCGGGCGAGUCCGUGCUGCCCGUCCUCCCUGACCUGUUGCAGGCGAUGGCAUCCCGGAUGGCCACGGCUAAGACGGCGACGUUCCUCCAGAGCUUGAUCAUUCCCUUUGCAUUCCUGGUCCACAACCAGGCGGACACGGUGCUUGGUCUGCUGGAGAGCAAGAACACGAGCGAUGGGAGGAGGUGUCUGGACGUGGUGAUGCAGACGUGGUGCGAGAACGCGGAGACGUUCCAGGGCUUCUGGCCGACGAGGAUCAGCACGCUUGCGCUGUCGCAGUUGUAUGCCUCUGGCCGGCCGAGCUUGCAGGGGCUGAUGGUGAAGGGGGAUAUCAUUGUGAAGCCCGAGACGAGCAAUGUGAUCAUGACGCGCUCCAAGACCAAGACAAAUCCCGUCGAGUUCACGUCGAUACCGUUCCCGGUGAAGGCGCUCAAGCUGCUCGUGCGCGAGCUCCAGUCCGGCGGGGACUCGGCGACGAUCCCCAAGGGCGAGAUGUUCGAGGUCGACUCGGACGACGGUGACGACGACUGGGCCGAGGAGGGCGCGGGGCUGACGGUCGACGAGCGCGAUCUGCUCUCGAACAUGCUCGGGCCGCACGGGGCCAACUUCGACAGUGACAAUUUCCUCGCGGAUAACGACGACGAGGACCUUAAGAACGACCCUGUCUCGCAGAUGGACAUGCAGGCGCACAUUGUGUCGUUCUUGAAGGAGUGUACGGCAAACAACGCCAACAAUUUCAGGCAGAACGUGGAUCAGCUGUCGGCCGAGGAGAUUGUGGUGGUUCGCCAGGCUGUUCAGCAUUAAUGUGUUGUUUUCUUGAUACUUUGGUUGGGUAUCCUCCCGUCUUGUCUUCUUGAUGUAGUCCUACGUGCGUGCAAAACAUAUCCAUAAAAUUACGCGGAGGUCCAUUCUACAAAUUAUUACAGCAGCGCUUCAAAUUUCAAAGCCCCUCCUUGCCCAGAUCCCACUCCCUCACGCUUCCCCGUUUCUUAUACUCGAUAUCCAUGACACUCUCCGCACUCGUCGUCCCCGCUGCCGUCCCCGCCGCUCCGGCAGCGGCAGCUGCAUCACUCCCGUUCCCGUUCCCAAACUUGAGCCGCUUCGCCUUCUCCAGCUUCUCAAAGUUGUCCGUCACACUGAGCCCAAGCCGCUCGAGCCGCUUCUUCUCGUCCUUGUCCUCGCGCCGCUGGCGCAGGAGGUCGAGCAUCGCGUCCCAGCCCGAGAACUCGGCGUCGCUCACGAGCCCCGUUGCGGGCACGGCGGGGAGCAUGGAGAGGGGCGCGGUGUCCAGCCGGGGGUCGUAGGAUUUUGUGAAGUAU